AUGGCGUCCGACGGCAGUGCAAGUUCCGCGUCCACCGCGCCCAAAUCGAAGCAGGAACGCAUUCGUGACAACCAACGACGCAGUCGAGCCCGUCGGCAGGAGUACCUCGCUGAUCUCGAGAGAAGGGUGAAAGAGUGCCAUAUCAACUGUCGCGAGGCCGAGCUGCAGCGCUCUGCAUUCGCCCAUCUCCAGGUCGAAAAUGCCCGUUUGCGAGAUAUUUUAAAGGCCGCCGGCAUCAAUCCUGAUCUGGUCGAUGGAUUUGGCCGCCACAGUGAGGCAGCAGCACAGGCGGCUGCGCACCGUCACAUUAGACCCAAAUUCCAGCCAGCGUUCCCAGGCGAACAACCAGACACCACGAAUGCAAUGACACAGGCAUCGAGUCCCGGCCAGUGCUGCCCUCCGACCUUGACUUCCUCGCAGCUUUGCGCAUCGGCUCCCGCCUUGCCCAUGGAUGCUCCCGGCGCGUUUGGCAACCAGCAGGCGGUGCCGUUCAUGGCUGCUCCGACCACCGACGCGAUGGAUCUGUCCCUGACCGCUGAUAUCUCGCCCACCCUGGAGGGCUGGACCCUGCGGCCGGAUGACAAGGAGUCCAUGGAAAUCCCCUUUUGUUGCGAUACCUUUCUCAUGCCGUCCGAAGGACCACCGCUGGUGGACGACGGAAAUACUAUCCAAUGCUCUGUAGCCAAAAAGAUGAUUGAUCAAUAUCACCCUACGCCGACAGAGAUGGAGGAGAUCAGAGCCCGACUUGCCGCGGGAUUCGCUCUACCACGGCCUUCCGAACCCGGCUGUCGGGUGAAUACACAGCUCCUUUUCGACGUCCUGCAGGACAUGAACUCACGCGAGCUAUAUGGCUGA